UGAAAGGUGGAGAAGGUGGUGGCGUGUAGUAACGAAAUCUCUGUCAAUUUUUUGAUAAUUUUAAUCAUGUACUAUGCUGACACUCCAAGAUUUGAAACAGCCUUAUCUAUAUAAUAUCCAAAUUUUAAUUAAAAUAAAAGGAAAACUCUUCAUUGUCCGAAUUACUAGUGUAUGCGUCUAAUAAUCCCUUACUACAAGUCCACAGUAUAUUGUUUCGAUUAGUCGUUGUAUCCACAAUUAAUAAUAUGGUUCCCAAACGCAAUAAUAAUAUAUAGAAAAAAACAAGAUCCUAGACAAAAUAAAAGACUCAUAAAUAAAAAGAUACAAUCUGCAUCAUCUCUUAUAUUUUCAUCACUGACAGGGAAUACCACUGCACUUUUUCUCAUGCACGCACGCAUACUCGGAUAAUAAAAACCACGGACGCUUCAUGAUUAAUUUGGGUUUUUAAUUCGUUUAAUUAAAAAACCUCGACUCUGUAAAACAAACUAUAGAUAAACUAAAAAGUGAUGUAAUAAUCUACUUUUGGCUUUGCUCUCUUUACUACAAGACAAGGUAGAGAAAACCCCCAGAUUCCUAUGAGAGAAUAGACGUACCUGUCUUUUUAUUACAAUUAUUAUGGUCUCUACGAUCUUUUUUUGUUAAUUUAACUACAAAAAAACUCCAUAUAUUUCGCCGUUUUUGUUCUAUCAAAUCCCAAUGUAUAAAUAUAUACUAAUAAACAAAAUAAAAUAUCGUCGACAUUAUAACCACAUCCUCACUCAAGAACCAUCUAUAUCCGUAUCCGUGUAUCCUCCCCUUCAAAACAGUUUGUGUCUCCUUAGGGUUUAAUAUUUCUCUCCCAAAAAGUUUUAACAUCAGUUCUUCAUGGACAUUCCACUUUACCACUAUGACCACGGCGGAGACAGCCAAUAUCUUCCGCCAGGUUUCAGGUUUCAUCCCACAGAUGAAGAACUCAUCACCCAUUACCUCCUCCGCAAGGUUCUUGACGGUUGCUUCUCAAGCCGCGCCAUUGCAGACGUUGAUCUCAACAAGUGCGAGCCUUGGCAACUUCCCGGGAAAGCUAAGAUGGGAGAGAAAGAAUGGUACUUUUUCAGCCUCCGUGACCGGAAGUAUCCGACGGGAUUGAGAACGAACAGAGCAACGGAGGCUGGUUACUGGAAAGCUACCGGAAAAGACCGAGAGAUCUAUAGUUCAAAGACUUGUGCACUUGUUGGGAUGAAGAAAACUCUUGUCUUUUAUAAAGGAAGAGCUCCUAAAGGAGAGAAAACUAAUUGGGUUAUGCAUGAAUAUCGUCUUGAAGGCAAAUUCUCUUAUCAUUUAAUCUCUAGAAGCUCAAAGGACGAAUGGGUGAUAUCUAGGGUUUUCAAGAAAACCGGUUUAGCCAAUACCGGGGCCUCCGGGGGAGAAGCAAGUGCUAGCGUAAGCAGCUGUACCGGUGGGUCUAAAAAGACGAAAGUACCCUCAACCAUCUCCACAAACUACCGUGAGCAACCAAGCUCUCCUUCCUCCGUCUCACUCCCUCCUCUCUUUGACCCCACCACAACACUCGGCUAUACCGACAGCUGCUACUCCUACAACAGCCGUAGCAGCAAUACAACCCUCACAGCCACUGCGAUAACCGAGCACGUGUCCUGUUUCUCCACUGCCACGACUACUACUGCCUCAGGCUUAGAUGUUAACGUUGACUCAUUCAACCAUCUUCUACCGCCUGCUCCGCCUGGGUUUGACCAUUUUUCUCGUUUUGUCUCUAGAAACGUUUCAACUCUAUCUAACAUAAGGUCGUUCCAAGAGAACUUCAAUCACUUUCCUUACUUUGGUUCGUCUUCUGCAUCGACCAUGACCCCCUCCGUUAAUUUGCCUUCUUCCCACGGUGGCACCGGAAUGAACUACUGGCUACAGACAACCGCGGAAGAGAACGAGACAAAGGCUGGUCUACUUAAUGGUGGACUAGAUUGCGUAUGGAAUUACUAAUCAAAAGAGGCGUUAACUACAUAAGUGUGUUCCCUUCAAGGUUUUCUUAAAAAAAAUCCUAGGACGGUUAUGAUAUAUCUAAGUGUGAUAAGGAGCUUAAUAAUAUGCCCCUAGCUUGAUUUUUCGUUUAAUUAUGUAGCUUUUAAGUGUAUCGUCCGUGUUAGUUUAAGUUAAGAAAAGUGUUAAGUGGACUACUUAAAGUAUGUAAAAGCUAUCGUCGUUAUGUAUUAAUGUUUAUCAUCAUGUUAAUUUCAUGGUGUCACUAUAUUGAUAUUUCCCA